CUCUCUCUCUCUCAGACUGUAGGCGUGGUUCUUCAUGCAUGCCAAUGUUUGUAAGUAAGCGGACAGACAGCAGCGCCGCUAUCCGCAUUCUCCUUGGUUUAGGUUUGGAUGCAGCAUAAGCCAUGGCUUACUUCUUCAAAGGAGCGGUUACAAGUUCUCCGAUUAAGACCAGGAGGCAGGAGGCUGAACAUAUUUGUCACAGUCUUGACGUCUCCCACUUCUCUGAUUCCUCCUAUGAGUGUUUUUCCACCAAUCCGCUGACAGGCUCUGUGUGUGCAUGUCGCCGAAGCCCCCGCCUACUAGCCAACGGUUAUUAUGUACUGACAGAGGACAGUUUUAGCACAGACGACGAGGGUAACGUCACCCUGACUCCCUCACACACCAGCGUCUCAUACAAAGAGAAUCUUGUCCGCAUAUUCAGACGAAGGCGUCGAGGAAAAAGGUCACUGGCCAGCCUUCUGAGUGAUAUGAGCCAAUCAUGCCAGUCCUGGCUGGAAGGAAGUGUUUUUAGAAGAUCUGACCCAAUCACCCCAAUCCAGUUAUCAUCAUGGGAGGAGCUGGACCACAGCUAUGAGAAAGAUAGACCUAUCAGCUUCACCUACGAUGCCACAGAUCCUGUUUCCUCUUCAGAUAAAGUGCCUCCUCAGACUCAGCUUGAAGAAGAGGAGGAGCCACCGUGCGAGUCUUGCUCCGCCCCUGAACAAUUCAGCCAAUCAGUGAGCGGUCUCCUGGAUGUUCCUCCCCCAUCUGUCUGUCACCUCAAUAGUUAUAGCUCAUCCAGCAAGACAUCGUCAGAAACUGUGCUCCGGAAAGUCCUUCUCCUCAUCCUCACUCUGUGCCUGUGCAUUGCCAUCUCCUCUGGGUGGCUGCUGGGAAGUGUUUCUGCAGCCGUGGCAUUCAUGGUUCUGCUUUCAUCUAUAUGUAUGUCUAAACCUGGAAGCGCAGUUCACUGGAGCAGAGCAAAGACUGAGGACAUCACCUCCAGAAACGAGUGAGGAGGAACCAUACCCACAUCUGUGUGAAGCCUGUCCAGAGGAAGUGAGUGUAUGGACACACAUCCUGCAUCGGCGUUAAAAAUGAGUUAUAUAUCAGUUUUUGUAGUGGUAUUUUCUCUGAUCAGCUAAAGAGUUCUGAAUAAUAAUUAUAGAAGAGUAAGUUUAGCUGGACCAAUGAUGGCAAAUUACUGUCACAGGAAAAUAUGUAUGUGUUUUUAAAUAGACAUAUCAGAAUGAUCAUUGAGUGAAAGUUUAAGAAUUGGAUGAAUUUUCCUAAAUGAAAGGCAUUCUGGGGGAUUCUCUGCAAGUCAGUUGAGAUUCCCUGCAUGACAGAACGUAGAAGUAAAUUGUGUCAGUCGUGUUUGUAAGUGCAUCAGCUUGGCUUGGUUGGGCUCUUAAACAUGGGCAUCAUGUGUUAGCUUGUUUAGUCAGAUGAUCAGAUACUAAUUUCCAAAAUAUUUUGCUGCAACACCCAUUUUAAUAUAAUGGCCUUGCAGAAAAUGUUUAACUUUUGAGAAGUUGUAGCAAAAGAAGUGGUCGUUUAGGUUUACACAGAUGCCUCAUAUUUUCAAGUGCCUUUGUUAUACAAAACAGGAGUGUAUUUGCCAUUCGCCAGGGUUAGAGUCACAUAUCUGUGCUGCUGUGUGACUCAAGAGGGCUGAAAUUUUAAUAUGCUAUUUUUAAAUGCUAAUAUGAACGCAAUAUUUAGAUUUAUAACAGUUUUGCACUUAAAACAGGGUUUAAUGCUCUUAUUUCACAGGGUCUUUCUCUAGAUUACUAAGACAAUUAAACCCUGUUUGCAGGGAAUUGGUGCUGCCAAAAGAGAACAUGUUCUCGAUUUACUGUAUAAUAUCUUCAUCAUUUUGUCACGUUCGUACGAGGCAUUUGAUCUCACAAGAAAUUUAAGGGUAAACUGUGAGUAAAAAGCUGUGUCUGUACAACAAAAUGCAUUAAGUGCAAUUGAACUAUCCUUUGGAGGUUGUUUAACUUGUCUUUAUUAGUAUGAUAAAACAUUUCUUACAAAGUCUCUGAGUUAUUGUAGGAGAUGGAGUUUUUCAAAGGCAGCUCAGUUUUGAAGAGAACAAAGACAUUCAUGAGGAAACAAGCAAAGCAAGGAUAAAAUGAAGUGUUCAAAUGAGCAUUUCUGUUUUCGAGGUUUAUGCCUAAAAAUCGGAAAGCAAGACCAAGCCAAGGUGAAUAAGUGAAUCAUUCAAAUGCAUUUAUAUUGUAGCCAAUAUAUAUCUAAUGUGUUUUAAAAUUAAUAGCAUUGCCUUCAGUGUUUGCAUAAAUGUUUUUGUACUGCCCAUGAGCAAAGAAACAUUUAAGUGCACGACUGAAUGAAUAUUGCUCUAAAAAAUGGGCAACAUUUAUUGUUAAGUAUUCUGUAUAUGUAUCAUUAUUAAGGGCCAAGCACAAAGGGUUCAAAGUUGAGGAUGCUAAAAAGGAUUUGAGGCUGUAUCUCAGUAAAAAAAAAAAAAAAAAAAGUAUGCCAUUAGCACAAUCACAUAUUAAAAGGCUGACAGUGCCACCUGUUGGUCAAAAAUUAUGAGUAUUUCUAUUUAUGGACUUUAGCUUGAAGUCCUAAACUCCUCACCAUAUAUACUUCCAGUUUGACUUUACAUGUCUUUGCCGCUGUGCCUGGUCCUGUAAUUGCUGCUUGCAGCUAUAUUUAUAAUAAUAAUAAUAAUAAUAAUUAUUAUUAUUAUUAUCAUUACAACAAUCAGUUAGAUAAGGAAGAUAAGCAAUUAAUCCUUUAUAUCCCAUGAGAGAUCAUAUAAACAAAAUUUGGAGAAAAUACAGAAGAGGAAAAGGUUGUGUAUUUUCGUGUCUUUUUUAAACUUUAUUUAUUAUUACCUUGCAAAUUAUUUAAUGAAUAAGUCACUGGGUACAUAGUUAAAAGGCAAGGUGAUUCUAAUACAAUGGCUUUAAACCAUUGACAAAUUGUGUUCGGAUAUAAUUUCAUGCCAAAGCAUGCAGUAAAAUUGAAGUGCAAGAAACGCAUCUUCUGCUGUGUAACAGAAAGUUUGUACUAAAAUGGCCUCAUAAUGUGUGCACUGAUCUGCUACAGAAUUCAGUGAGGCAAAUUAAUAUAUUAAAUAUAAAAUUAUUUCCCUGCCUUUAAGCUUUGAUGACUGCAGUGAACGCCUGCAUUUAACAAUCUGUGUCACAAGAAAACUGUAAAUAGUUCAAACUUAUUAUUCCACUGCAUGUGAAAGUAAAAUGUGAAUAGUAUGUUUCAUGUAUACACUGUAAAAUAUAAGCUUAAAAGGGAAUUUGCACAAAGAUAUUUGGCCAUGUUAGAAAGUAUUAAAUGAAUAGGCUUUAAAACAGGUUAAUAGUUUUACAGUGUAUUUUGGGGGGAGAAAUUACCCAUUUCAUCAAUAAAGUUUUAUAUACAAACAAAAAAGUUUUUGUUUAUUCCUUUAAUUAAGUUACACUGUUAUUUUUUUUUUUUUUAACAAAUGCAUACUCUUUUAGCCAGAUAAAUAAAUUUCAAUAUGAUUGUUUUUGAAAUUCACAGGACCGGAAUCACUGCAUUGUUCAUUGUUCUUACUAAUGUAUUUAUAUAUUAACAUGUGAUGUAAUGGGCCUGCAUUGACUGAUGCACUGAAAUUUACAGUUUGGUUUAUUUGUUAACAGA